CGCGAGGCUUCCGCUGACAGAGCCCGGUAACUUCGGUGGGUGUAACAAGAUGUCCGCUGUCCGCCUUCUGACUAGGCUUACUGCAUACGGGUGUGGGUGUACCAAGAUGGCCGCGACCGAACGUCACUUCGGUUGUAUAUACUGAUGGGUCGCAGUAAUUUGAUAGAACACCGGACACAGGAGGCGGGUGAGGUGUGUCCUGCUGAGUGACGUCAUCAUGGCCGACACCAUUCAGAUAAGCGAGGAGUCAGUCCAGAUGAUCACUAUUCCUAAAGAAACCAGCCUAGGCCUCAGCCUGACUGGAGGGAACAGCAGAACUGAGGGGCCAUUAAUCCACAUUAAGGACAUAAUCCCUGGUGGAGACUGUCACAAGGAUGGACGACUGCGGCCUGGAGACCAGCUCGUUUCUGUGAAUAAAGAGUCAUUGAUUGGUGUGUGUUGUGGUGAAGCCAAAAGCAUUUUAAACAGAGCGAAAUUAAGGAAGAGUGCUUGCUGGGAAAUUGCCUUCAUCAGGUCAGGAAACAUGCUUGCAAGCUCAGCUUCACUGACACAGAGUACUCAUAUGCCAAGGGACACCAGGCUGAGGAUGUCUUCCAAUCCAGAUGCCUCUGGGGCCUAUGGACCUGGUCAGAUUGGAUAUAUUAAAGAGUCGCGCUUAAUCUCUCCCUUGGAUCGAAAGCUCUCAGACAGGUCUGCGACAGUUCCUCAUCAGGGACCCAGCCGGGAAAGGUUGAUUCUUCUCACCCCUGAUGUCCGGCUGAAAGUGGAAACUCUGGAAAUGGCACUACAUUUUCUUGGCAUAAGCCCAACAGAGGAACAGAAACGUUUAUUAAGAUCCCGUAUACAUAUGGAUGCCAGUGGAACAGUGUCGUAUGGAGACUUUGUUCGGGUAAGCAAAGAGAUGUUUAACCUUCAGCUAGAGGACAAAGACUUGGAGCACCUAUUGAAAAUGAACGAAGGCAUACAUUUAUUGGACCAAGUCACAAAUCAGAUGCAGUCAUGUGAUCUCUCAGAAAAGGAUGACAUUACCAAACUGAAGAGAGAAAGAGAUGAGGCACAUGCCCAGUUAAAAAUGCUGAAGGAACAACUCUUGGACUCUGAAAAACAGAACAGUCAGCUUUCUGACGAGCUUACGAGUGUAAAACAGGAAGCUAAAGCCGCCAUUGAGGAAACCAGAGCCUUGCGUAGCAGAAUCCACCUUGCUGAAGUGGCGCAGAGACAAGCACGAGGCGUUGAGAUGGACUAUGAAGAAGUCAUCAGCCUCCUGGAAGCUGAAAUAACGGCCUUGAAAGCCCAGCUCACUGAUUACUCCGGCCAAAGUAAAGACAAUGUUCAGGAUUUAAAGCGCAGGAUCACCGUCCUCGACUGUCAGUUGCGCAAAUCAGAGAUGACACGCAAAACCUUUGAAGUCUCCACAGAAAAACUGCUGCAGUUUGUAGAGAACAUUCAUGAGGUUCUCUCUGAUGAUCAAGGUUCUACAUUAAAUCUAUGUGAACGAAUCCCCACAUUCUCUCAUCUACCAAGAUUGGGAAAAUCUAGACUUGGCGUAACAGGAGCCAUUGCAACAGAAGCUAAAGAGCUCUCGCGAUCUGUCCGUUCCAUCAUAGAAAUGGACGGCCUCCCUUAUGGAUGGGAAGAAGCUUACACAGCAGAUGGUAUCAAGUACUUUAUCAACCAUGUCACAGAAACCACUUCAUGGAGCCACCCCGUGGCCAGUGCCUUGAAUCUGACUUAUCCAGAUGACAGUGGUGAGGAGAGCCCCAGAGAUCCAACGGAACUGAAGAGUUGCUGAUAUCUGACCUGACAUUUAGUCGCCAUACAGAUACCCAGCCUGCAUGUUCUUUAAAGGCCAGGAUUACAAGCUGAAUUUCCAGAAGACCUUGUUUGGUCAUAUUGGCUGUUAUAGCUAACACAUGGGAGCUUCUUAAAGCAUAAGUAGACCUUUAAAACACCUACGUUCCUUAAAUAUAUGCAGGCAAAUCAAGCAAGGUCCCAAGUAUAACCUGAUGAAAAAAAAUCCUUGCUACUGUCCUUAGAGCAGGGGUAGGCAACCUGGGGCCCUCCAGCUGUUGCAGAACUACA